GCUAGAGUGGAACGUUUUGACAAAUUUUUGUGUGCGAUUGCGACAAAACACGGAAAUACGGAAUUAUUUCUUAAUUAUAAUUUAAUUAAGCUUUGAAAAUGGAGGAAAAAAUGAAAUUAGAAAAACAAUGGAUUAGUGAUGUCCUCCUACCGGAAAUUUUGAAUAGUGGAAAACUAAUAGUUGACGACUUUGUCGAUACUUUUAAGGUUCGCGAUAUCAAAAUAAAUUUCAUUGGCGGCGAAGAGGCGUUCAUGUUGACGAUCUGCUACCGCGCAACUGUUGAGUUCGAAUUCACUGGCAAAACUUGCAGACGUUCGUUGGUUGUAAAGAAAACACCUCCAUUGCCCAUCGAGAUUUACAACUCAAUUAAUUUUAGCGGACUCUUCGGAAAUGAGGUCACGGCUUACUCGACGAUAAUGCCAGUAUUACAGAAGAUCUCUGCGAAAGUGGAGGGUCUGCCUAAAAUAGAUGUACCCAGGUAUUUCUACAGUGACUUACAACGAAAUUCAGCGACACUCGUAUUAGAAGAUUUUGGUGUCCAUGGUUGGAGAGUUUCUAAAGAUAAAGUGAAUUUGUCAUUGGAACACAUAGAAGCAUCAGUUAAAUACCUUGCCCUAUUUCAUGGCACUUGUUAUGCAUUUAAGGAUACGGAUCGUUCCGCGUAUGAUAAUUUGGUCAUAAACUUAAGGGAAACACGUUAUGCCAAUUCAGAGAUUCAUCCAGAAUGGGAUUUAACUAUAAAAACAAGUAUAAAUCGAUUAGUGAAAGCAACACAAAAAUAUCAAAAUGAAGUUGACAUCAAGUUUCUUGAAAAUUUGACAAACCUGGUAAAUGAGUACUUUCGAUACGGUAAGCAUAUGGUACAGCCUGUAGAACCGUUGGCAAUUCUCUGUCAUGGUGAUUAUUUGAGAAAUAAUAUUGCCUAUAAGUAUGGAAAAGAAAAGGACGGAGAAGGCAAUGAAGUACCCGAAGCAGCAAUGAUGUUUGAUUUACAAACUCUACGUGUGUCUUCACCAAUGGUCGAUCUUUCUGUCCUUCUGGCUGUUUCAGCUUAUGCAGAAGUACGUCAAAAGAACUUCACGCGUAUUUUAAAUACGUAUUGGACUACUUUAGUUUCAACUUAUGAGACAUAUACAAAGACCACUGCUCCAGAAUAUUUAAGUUUCGAUUCUUUGUUACGUGAAUUGAUACGAUUUUUGCCCUAUGGGCUUAUGAUCUCAGCCUCAUUCCUGAUGACCUUAGUUGAUCCUCCACCAAACGUGUCAUCAGAUGACUUUCUCAUACAAGAACGUACAACAGAGGAAAUUGUUGAUGACGCUAUGACACGUGGUGGAGAAGUGGUGGAUCGUGAGCUAUCGCAUCAAGUUAAAGAAAUGUAUGACUUGAGCAGACAAUAUAAUGUGGAUCUAUUCGAAGGCUUUGAGUUGUAAGACAAAGUAUUCUAAAAUGGUAUUAAAAUGUUGUAAAUAUUGUAGAGUAAAACAAA